AUGGGCUUAAAAUUCAUCUUGGGGACAAGCAUCCUUGUUCAGGCUGCUCUAGCAGCUUGCACCAAUGGCUCAUACACCAAGAACGGCCUGUCGUGGUCUUCAAAGCUGCGAAUGAACCAGAUCCAGGUCAUCGGCACUCAUAAUAGUUACCAUGUUGAGUCAAGCUUGGAGGAAAAGCCUGUCCAGGCUCUGCUACUCCCCAACGUUCAGAAUUAUUAUUAUGCCCACCCAAGCCUAGAUCUCCAGCUGGAAUAUCAGAGUAUAAGGAAUUUAGAGCUUGACAUUUUCGCGGAUCCAGACGGUGGCAAGUAUGCCACUCCUCUCAUCCGCAAGCUUACAGGCUUGCCGUUUCCGCCUGAGUCGUCUUGGAAGGAACCUGGUGUCAAAGUCCUGCAUGUCUCAGAUGCGGACAUCAACACCAGCUGCAAUACUUUGAUUGGCUGCCUCAAGAUUGUGAAGGAGUGGUCCGACGCGCACCCGAAGCACGUCCCCAUACCAUUCAUGAUGGAGUUCAAGACGGCUAGCGACGAUAUGGCUUACCUUGGAGGUGUUACUCCGAUUGCCUGGAACAACACCGAGCUCUUGGCUGGUCUCGAUGACGAGAUCCGAUCAGUGUUUGGGGAAGAUAAGUUGGUCACCCCUGAUGACAUUCGGCGCGAGGGCAUGACUCUAGAAGAGUCCGUCUUGAAGUACGGAUGGCCGGAUCUAGAAUCAGCUCGCGGUCGAGUGUUCUUCCUUAUGGAUAAUGGCCCAGUUCACCCCGUGCGCGACGCAUACACUCUUGACAAGCCAAAUCUAGAGGGCCGUGUGAUUUUCACCAACUCUGCACCCGGCAACUCCGAUUGCGCUUUCCAGAAGUUGAAUGAACCAAGGGGCGAUGAGCAGCAGAGCAACAUUCAAGCGCAGGUCAAGGCUGGUUAUUGGGUUCGCACUCGUUCAGACGUCCCGAUCGAGACACUCCUUUCCAAUGACACAACCGCCAUGCGCGAGAUGGCUUUCUCGAGCGGCGCGCAGAUUGUCUCGACUGACUAUCCCAGCUACGGCAUGAGCGACCGCUGGCAUGUAUCUUACGCGGUGAGAUUUCCUGGUGGCAAGUCUGCUGUGUGCAACCCUAUCAAUGCGCCGGAGAGCUGCGCGAAGCUUGAGUUGGAGCCUGCUGAGUACGUUCAGCAUUGA